GCAGGGCGACGAUCCGCCUGCGGGGGGCAAGCGGACGAUGAAGCUGAAGUUGGGUGGCGGGAGGGCGACGACCGCGUCGCCGACGCCCUCACCGACAGCAGAGUCCCAACCACAGCCGAAGAAUGGGGAUACGGGCUAGAUGUACGUCUACUCGUCAUCUUUCGAUUGUCGACCUCCGUCGUUUGGGUUGCCGCUCGGGCCUAGUUCGUUCACCGAGCGCCGCUGUCUUCGCUUGCUUCCAGUCGAGCUGCUCUCCUUACCUCUCAUCGCUGCUUACCUGACUCUGCUGCUUUGCGUCACUAAUUAUUGGUAUGGGGUUCGUUCUGCAUAGAGGCCCGUCGCGGCUGCCCUUCCUACGCUAUGUUGUAUGUAAUAUACCAUCGUACAGUGCUUUACUGGACUUGAA